AUGGCUGAGGGUAGUCGGUUACGGGGCUUCUGCACCCUUCUGCGGAACCUCCUCCUCGCCGCGUUGCUGUACACUUGUAUCCUCAGUAUAAUCAACCUCGCUAAGAACCCUUCCUCGCGACCCACGGGCAAGCUUGGCAUCCCAGCCUUCCUAGGAAAGUCGGGUCCGGUUGACUUCAUCAAGCCGACCAAGUCUGGCGUCAAGGUCAAGUUCGCCGGCUCGCCCUCCAGCAUCACCAUCAACCCGCACGCAAACGUCUUCAAUCGCCCCGACAGCGCCGUCGCUCCCAAGGACGACUUCCUCGGACCGAGACCCCAUGUCGACACCGAGGCAGACCUGAAGAUGCUGGUGGAGGAGUGCAGGGGAACAUACUUGGGCAUUGAGAAGAUGCGGAAUGUUUUUGACUGCUUGCAGUUCUUCGCCAACGAGGAGAGCCGCUACUACCAGCUUCCUCCGGAUGGGCAGCGCGCCAGCCAGAAGAACCCCCAGGAGGCCGAGUACAACGACUCCGAUGGCUACGGAAAUACCAUGGCUAGUUACACGCCCAUUUCUAACGCCACCCAGCCUUCCAAGAGCUCCAUUGGAACCUGCCCGGGCCCGAUUGUGCCUUACCACACCUACUGGACUGGACCUGCGACUUGGAGAGUGGAGGUCUUCAUCAAGAGUUAUCUGUACACCCAGAACUUGGCCUGCUCGCGCCUCUACAUCUGGUUGGACGCUGACAGGAACCCGAAUGCCGUCGACGACAUGCUCAAGCGCGACCCUCUCUUCGCUCGCUUCCUUCCUCUUGUGGAGCGUGGCGACAUCAAGGUCAUGGGCUGGAAAUUCCCCUCUCGCAUCCCUCUCCCGAGCAACGUCGACCACACGGACGGAAACGGUUUCUCGCGCAGCAAGCCGAACGCGAAGGGCGAGGUCACCGUUGCGGAGGGCGUGAUGGAGGAUAAGACUGGCCAGCAGUGGCUGGUUCUGACGCCGAAGCAGAUGACGUUCCUGCCCGUCGCCGUCUCGGACGCCGUGCGCUUCGUCAUCCUGCACAUCUACGGCGGCGCCUACUUCGACAUGGAUGUGCUCAUGCUCAGGGAUAUGCGCCCCAUGCUCAUUCCGCAGAACCACUCCUUUGCCGAGCGCUGGGCCGCGCACCCGCACCCCGGCGACUACAACACGGCCAUCAUGUCGCUCACCGCGAACUCGUCCCUGUCCUCCUACCUGCUCCGUGGCGGUGUGCGUAUGGGUGUCAACUUCCACCCCCGCGUCAUCGGCCGCAUGGCGUGGAAGGACGGUCGCGACCAGGAAUUCCUCAUGCUCGAGACGGCCGCUUUCGACCCGAUCUGGACCGAGUUCAACUGGGACCGCGAGGGAAGGUGCACGGUGCCGUGCUUCACGGACUACAGCCAAGCCUUCAAGGGCAAAGCCGGCGCGAUCAAGGAUGAGUGGCAGAGUUAUGACGGCGCCCAGCUCGCGCACGUGGAUCUGUCUCAGCAGAAGCCCAGGACCAGGAUCGAGGCCCAGAGCGUCGUCGAGGGCCGCACCUCGAGCGGAGAGGGUAGCAGGCUGGAGACCGAAGUUCCGACCUCGUCUGCCGCUCAGCAGAAGCCUGAUUCUGAUUCGCAUGAAUCGUUCUCCGCGACUAGUGCCGAGGAGAAGCAGCUGAGGGAGAAGGGCGUGGUUGCCGAAUACGUGCUCGAGGAAGACAAAUUCCCGCCGAAUAACCGUACGCUGGAGAACUUCUUCAAGGGCGCUUGGACCUAUCAUAUCCACAACCAGUGGCUGAAGCAUCCCGAGCCGUCUUCCUGGAUCAACAUCAUGGAAAUCGCUCACGACGGCUUCUUCGCCGGCAUGCGCCAAAACCCGUACGGCGAAUCCUGGAACGGCCCGGACCUGAUGCCGUACAACUACUGGCCAGAAUACGUGUGA